UACCACGUCCGCUACCUCGUCCAACACGAUCGCGUACGAAACAUGCCACCCUCGUUUGAGAUAUUACCUCACAUACUGGGAACGCUCUUUGUUGGUUAGAGAGGAGCAUGGCUUUGUUGAUGGCGUUACACAUCUAUUCUAUACUUACCAAGGGGGCCUCGCAAUCAUGUGUCUUUUUGUCACGAUUAUUUACGAAUAGAUUUCUAGACUGCCUGCCUAAAAUAGGCUUUACUGUCUUCAUACCCUUUCACUUGGGGAUGCUGAUUUUGAAAAAAGAAAAAAAAGAAAUCCAAAGCAACAUUCAAGUCCACACGCAACAAUCGCUUACAAGAUUUAUGGAGUUAUGCUGAUGGCAAGGUUUCAGAUGGAAAUUGGAAUCCUAGUGAAGGGUAUAAGAAAUAUCUAUUAGCAU